GCGGGGCCGUUGCGGGCGGCGGGGCCGCGCGGAGUCGGAGGCGGCCAUGGAGGGGCUGGCGGGGUACGUGUACAAGGCGGCCAGCGAGGGCCGCGUGCUCACCUUGGCCGCGCUGCUGCUGAACCGCUCCGAGAGCGACAUYAAGUACCUGCUGGGCUACGUGAGCCAGCACGGCGGGCAGCGCUCCACGCCGCUCAUCAUCGCCGCCCGCAACGGGCACGCCAAGGUGGUGCGGCUGCUGCUCGAGCAUUACCGCGUCCACACGCAGCAGACCGGCACCGUGCGCUUUGACGGCUUCGUCAUCGAUGGCGCCACGGCGCUGUGGUGCGCGGCCGGCGCCGGCCACUUUGAGGUGGUCAAGCUGCUGGUGAGCCACGGUGCCAACGUCAACCACACCACGGUGACCAACUCGACGCCGCUGCGGGCGGCCUGCUUCGACGGGCGCCUGGACAUCGUCAAGUACUUGGUGGAGAACAACGCCAACAUCAGCAUCGCCAACAAGUACGACAACACCUGCCUGAUGAUCGCCGCCUACAAGGGCCACACGGACGUGGUGCGCUACCUGCUGGAGCAGCGCGCCGACCCCAACGCCAAGGCCCACUGCGGGGCCACCGCCCUGCACUUUGCUGCCGAGGCCGGCCACCUGGAGAUCGUCAGGGAGCUGGUUAAGUGGAAGGCGGCCAUGAUGGUCAAUGGGCAYGGCAUGACGCCACUCAAAGUGGCCGCUGAGAGCUGCAAGGCCGAUGUUGUUGAGCUGCUGUUGGCGCACGCUGACUGCGACAGGAGGAGCAGGAUUGAGGCGCUGGAGCUGCUGGGGGCCUCCUUUGCCAACGACAGGGAGAACUAUGACAUUUUGAAGACGUACCACUAUUUGUAUUUAGCCAUGCUGGAGAGGUACCGCGACAGCGAGAACGUCAUCGAGAAGGAGGUGCUUCCCCAAAUCGAGGCCUACGGGAACAGGUCGGAGUGCAGGACCCCGCAGGAAUUGGAGUCCAUUAGGCAGGACCGAGACGCCCUGCACAUGGAAGGCCUCAUCGUGCGGGAGAGGAUCCUGGGCUCGGACAAUAUCGACGUGUCCCACCCCAUCAUCUACCGGGGUGCRGUGUACGCCGACAACAUGGAGUUCGAGCAGUGCAUCAAGCUGUGGCUGCACGCCCUGCACCUGCGGCAGAAGGGCAACAGGAACACCCACAAGGACCUGCUGAGGUUCGCACAGGUCUUCUCACAGAUGAUCCAUCUGAACGAGCCUGUAAAGGCCAAGGACAUUGAGAGCGUCCUGCGCUGCAGCGUCCUGGAGAUCGAGCAGGGCAUGGCCCGCAUCAAGAGCAGCGCGGACGCCGACGUCCACACGGCCACGGACAACUACGAGUGCAACAUCUUCACCUUCCUSUACCUGGUGUGCAUCUCCACCAAGACGCAGUGCGGCGAGGAGGAGCAGGCACGCAUCAACAAGCAGAUCUACAACCUGAUCCAGCUGGACCCGCGCACGCGCGACGGCUCCAGCCUGCUGCACCACGCCGUCAACUCCGGCACGCCCGUGGACGACUUCCACACCAACGACGUGUGCAGCUUCCCCAAYGCCCUGGUCACCAAGCUGCUGCUGGACUGCGGUGCCGACGUCAACGCUGUGGACAACGAGGGCAACAGCCCCCUGCACGUCAUCGUGCAGUACCACCGGCCCAUCAGCGACUUCCUGACCCUGCACUCCAUCAUCAUCAGCCUGGUGGAGGCCGGUGCCCACACAGACAUGACCAACAAGCAGAAGAAAACGCCCCUGGACAAAAGCACCACCGGGGUGUCUGAAAUCCUCCUUAAAACUCAAAUGAAGCUGAGUCUCAAGUGCCUGGCUGCCCGCGCCGUGCGGAUCUACAACAUCAGCUACCAAAACCAGAUCCCCAGGACUCUGGAAGAGUUUGUCCAGUUCCACUAGGCCGUGUCCAACCUUCUGUGGUGGUGCUAUCUCGGGGGACGGCAGCAGACAGCAGAAUGCACCCGYGUCCGGGAAGUCGUUUCCCUCCGUUCCUUUGGUUUUGGGUUCCUCUGGAUUCCGUCUGCAGCCUUGGGUCUCUGGUGGAGAUUGUGGAGGGCGGGGGCAGGAAGAAGCUACUCAUUGUCCUGUAGCUGAACCUGAUGUUUGAGAUUUUGGUCAUUUCUUUUAUGAUUAAAAAAUUGCUUCAUUAGCUCUCAGUUUUCUAAAUGACACGAGAAAUAUCCCCCGGGUAAUGCCCAUUGAAUGUUUUGUGUCCAACACUCAACAAUGCGCAAAUUGGAUUUCAAGCUCCUUGCAGUGAGGUGGGCAAAGAAAAAUUGGAAAUUCUGUGGCCGCUGCUUAAUAGUGGAGCAUCCCCACCUGGAGCAGAGCACUGCUCUCAUACCUCACCAUGCUUUUUAUGCCUUGCAGUUUGUGCUGGAGGUGUCGGUAACAUCAUGAAAGCCGCGUUUGGACGGGAAAUUCCAAAUUCCCGUUUGUGCAGCGGUUACCGACAGCUGCAGGCACGAGGGAUGCUCUGUUAGGAAAUGCAGGUCCAAAUCCAGCUCUKAAUUCUGUUACCCAGCUCUUCACCAACGCUGCUCCAGGAAGUACGGAAUCACCUCCAGACAAGGAACCUCCGCGCCGACCCAAAAUAACCGGAAUCAUCGUUUCUUUCUCYGUAGCUCCGUCGCUCCUAUCCAAACAUCAUGCAUGGAUCCCUAGAAACUGGGUAGGGUGUUUGUGUUUGUGUGUGUCCCAACAUUUCAAACUGCUUUUAACUCGGGUUUUUUUCUGUUGUUCCGAUACUCAACACGCACCUUUUUGUUUGACUCAACGUCUGUCCAACCGCACUCUUGGAUUCCAGAUGCUGUAUCUUCCUAACGGAGCAGUCUGUCGCCAAAGAGAGUCUUCCUUGAACCUGGCUUUUCCAAGAAGCGUUGGAGUCUGUGCCUCCCCGAAUUGGACUCGAGGGUUUUUCAUGGUUUUUACUCCUUUCGGUAGGGAAAAAUCUCUAUUCUUAGAACUGAUUUUUACAAAAUUGUCCUCUCAUCAACCUCUCUGCUGAUGAGCAGCUGAUUGUAGGAGAACGUUGUCGCUUGAGAACUUUGGGAGAAGUGGCAGAUGCUCCGACAGGAAAAUUGUCACUUGUUGGGACAGGCUCCUGAACCCUCUGUUCCUUUCCCACGCAGCUUUUUAACUGUCAGGAUGAACGAAUGUUCCGUUGGGGUUUUUUUAAAAACAAUCCGGGUAGAACUUUCAGGCGAGAUUGGGGCACACGUUUCUAUUUGUAUGACAAAGAAAUAAACAUUGAAUGUGGAA